AUGAAGCUCAGCAUGCUUCAGGCCGCUCUGGAGGCGGAGCAGAGCUUCGACAAUUUGAAAGAGCAGCUCAACAGCCAGGAGGCGCUGCAGGAAAGAGCUGCGGAGCAGCUGAACACUGAGGUGGAGGAGCUGGUAGCACGACGACGUCGCCUCCGGGAGAAGGGGCAAUCUCGACAAAGCCUCUACUGGGAGGCGGCUCCGUUUCUGACGGUGGGGGAAGAGAAACUGUGGCGCCAACGGAAGGAGCUGAAGUCUUGCCACCGAGACAUCUCCAGGUUGCAGGAGGAACUCUCCCAAAGCGAACUACAGGAGCGAGCCCGGCGAACUGCCGCAGAGAACGCAGCAGAGUCUGAGCAGCAGGCUCACGACUGCGAGAAAGAGAAGCGAGAGCAGAGCCUACGGGAGCUGCUGAGCCUGCAGCAGCGGCUCUCCUCUGCAGAAAUGGAUGGGACUUCGCCUACGCUUGAUUAUUCUGAAGCUGGUCAGAGCAUUGAGAUGGAUGACUUGCAGGCGACGAAUCAGCGCCUGCACGAGCAGGUUGCAUCCUUGAAGGCCCUUGCAGAAAGGUGCCAGCCAACAGCCAGCGAGAGCUUUGCGGAUGUGUUGUGGGGUGCUGGGAAUCGGGUGAUCUCGCAGAUGAAGGACCUACAUCGCGCAGGGCAGAUUCUGCUAACUUCUUCCGAUUUCUUGUCGAGGCCCUUCGCUUACCAUUCGCUCCCGAUCGUGCGAACAGAUGCCGCUGCCCAUAGUUGGGCCGUUGGUGGCGAAGAUGUCACGAAGAAGGAGCUCGAGGACCGCUGUGACCGUGAACGCCGUCUUCGAGCCGAGCUGGAAGAGCGAUUGAGGGAGCCCACUGAGGCAGAUGUGAGCGCCACAAUUGCGGAGUUCCUCCGUGCUGAGCCACGCAUGCCUUUGAAUUCAGAAGGCCCUACGUAG